AUGGAACUCCUUCCAAAACUCGUAAUCCUCCUGCUUGCUGCACUGGGGAUUGCAAGUGUAUCCAUCCGGCGCUUCCUCAACCGGCGCCAGUUCGCACGCCGCUGCGGCUGUCAACCAGUCGCGAGAUCUUUCAGCAAGGAUCCUUUCCUAGGCCUUGAUACCAUCCCCGGGACAAUCCGCGCGAUCAGGCAGCAUCGGGUUCUCGGGAGAAGUUGUGAGAUAUUUCGCGCAUACGGCAACACUUUCACAGUCAAAGAGCUGCAUCAAAGUGCCAUCGUGACUAUUGAGCCUGAAAAUAUCCAAGCAGUCUUAUCGCUGAACUUCAAGGACUAUACCCUCAGACACCGUCUCGAGCUAUUUAUGCCGCUAUUAGGCAGAGGCAUCUUCAAUACCGAUGGCCAACAUUGGGCCUCGUCGCGCGCGCUGAUCCGGCCGAGUUUCGCCCGUGAGCAGGUAGCCAACCUAAGCCUGUUAGAGAGGUUGAUGCAGGAUCUCUUUGUGUUGCUUCCACGGGAUAGUACAACAGUGGACUUACAGGAACUGUUCUUCCGGUACACGAUUGAUUCCGCGACGGAUCUUUUGUUUGGACAGUCUGUUGGCGCAUUGAAGAAGAGUCAGUCUGGACUCGCGUUCGCAGAUGCUUUACAGUAUGCCCUUAAAGCUAUUCCUGUACGAGACAUGCUGGGCCCGUUGAAUGCAGUCUACCGUGAUCGAAAGACUGACGAGUGUAAUCGAAUCUGCCGAGAUUUUGUACAGCAGUAUGUUGAAGAGGCUGUCUAUGCUGCUGGACCAAAGAAAGAAGAAAAAGAAAGCAGAACGACGGAGACGAAGCGAAGAUAUAUUUUAUCGCAUGAGCUGGCGUCACGGACAUCCGAUAAGCAGCGUAUGGUAGAUGAGUUGAUAAAUGUGCUCCUGGCCGGCCGUGAUACAACAGGAAGUCUGCUAGGGAAUCUGUUCUUUAUGCUAGCGAAGAAUCCCGUGAUUUGGGCGAAGCUGCGCGCAGAAGUUGCUGUCCUGCAGAAUCGGCCACCGACAUAUGAGGAACUUCGCGGGCUGCGGUAUGUUCAGUGCUGUGUGAAUGAAUCCCUCCGUCUUCACCCCGUUGUGCCUACCAAUAAACGCAAAGCAAUGCGAGACACAGUCCUCCCACGGGGCGGAGGUAACGACGGCCUUUCGCCCGUUUUCGUCCCAGCAGGAACCCUUGUCGGCUAUAACAUCUACGCGAUGCAUCGCCGAACCGACUUCUAUGGACCCGAUGCAAAAGAAUUUCGCCCAGAGCGCUGGGAGGACGGUAAGCUGCAACCGCGCUGGGGAUAUUUGCCGUUCAAUGGCGGGCCGCGGAUCUGUCUUGGCCAGCGCUAUGCAUUGACCGAAGCGAGCUACGUUCUUGUCCGGAUGGCGCAGGAGUUCCGCGGGCUGGAGAGUCGGGAUCCGGGGUCUUGGGAAGAAGGCCUGGUUUUGACGGUUUGCCCGAGGAAUGGGACUAAAGUUGGGCUUAUUCCUUGA